AUGGAGGUAUGGUUUCCGUUCGGGCAAAACAAUAAUGGAACUGAUGAAGCAAAUUUACAAAACAGAAGUACCGAAGAGAACCAAAUGUACAAAUCAACUUCAAGAUCUUCUCAAUUUUGGGGCCUUGUAGGGAAGGAGAUAAAUGAAGAAGUGUCUACUCAUGCAUCGACAGUUUCCAAUACAACUCCAUUAAUGUCAGCGGCUGCAGCUGCGAUGGCUCAAAGUUUCUUCAACAGAGAAUCUUCUGGAUCAACAAAUAACCAUUUAAAUACGCUCCUUAGUGCAGCAGCAGUUACCAAUUUACAUCAUGGACCAAAUAUGAGAGUUGGAGGCUUUCCAUUAUUUAAUCAAUCACCUUCAAGUUCAAUUGCGUCGGAACACAGCGCUUCUUCACCAAAUAGGAACUACUUUUCUCCGUCAGGUGAAACUUAUGCCCACGGAUACAUGCAAGGGAAUUCUUCUUCGAGAAUUGGGACCCCUAAUCAACUCCACCGCCCUCCUCAAAUUCCCAUCGGUCCACCACCUAAUUUGCCACCGCUUCCUCCGAAUCAAAUUCAACCACCCCCAAACUAUAUAGUUGGAGGAAAUAUCUCCUCUUCUGCUGAUCUUAACGUUGGAUCUGCCUCGACAGGAAACAUCAGCAGUAGUAUGGAACAAAUAUGGCCAUGGAUGACUGUUGUUGGUAAGUAUUCAACUUCCAAUGAUUUGUUGAUUUUAUCUUAA